GUAACAAGGAAUAAAACCAUAUUUUGUUUGUGAUUUCCGGUGGUUCAAAUAUUGUUGAAUUCAAUGUCAAUUUCUUUUAUUUCCCCUAAAGGAAAUAGUUAACUAGGCGGUGAUCAUGGAGCCUUCAAUGUAACACGUUAGUGCCAUUCCACGAAAAGCGGCGUAUGACAUAGCCCCUAAGUGAAAAAAAUGCCUGUGCCCUAAACAAGAAAACAAUAAGCGGAACUUAAACAGAAUGGAAUUUUGAAAGGGCAUCAGAGCUUAUGAAGCCUGCAUAUAACAGAUAAGAUGUCAAACAUAAGGGCAACAUAACCUAAGGGUGAUUAUACGGUAUUCAAGAAAAGAAUACUGAAACCACCCAAGUAAAAAUAGCUAAAGUGAAAGAACUAAAAUACCACAAAUUCAACUGUAAUGUCGUGUUGAACGAUUUUUAAGAUAAACCAAACUAGGAAACGGCUAUAAUGCCUGACAAUUUAGAGAACUCAUCAAACUAUCUGCGCCUUAUUUCCAUGGUGAUUGACCUUGGAACUGAAGUGAUGCUCCUUUUGUUCUUUCAUCUAAAACCUGAAGAAAAAGUUUCUGCCUUUUUUUCUGAACCGGGUGUAAGAGAAAAGCUCGACUACAUGAAAAGACGAAACAUAUUAAAACCUCGUCAGUAUAGAAUUUUGACAUUACCUUAUCCAAAUCCCCGUGAAUUUGACUUGACGUUGCUGAUAACGCUGCUAAGUAACAUCUUUGAAGAUAAAAUUAAGGCGCCCAUUAACGGUUGGGGCACUUUCCCUCCAGCUUCAGACGACUUCUCGAUCGGCGCAGAUUUGCUAAGGCUGAAGAGAAUAAGAAACGAAAUAGUUGGACACCAUGUAAAAGCACAACUGUCAAACACGGAAUUCACAGAUCUUUGGCAACAGACAGAAAGCUUGCUAUUAAGAAUUGUUGAGGCUGUUGAUUUAAAAGAGAAAGCUUCAUAUGAAACAAAAUUCUCUACGUAUACAACACGAUCACUGCAAACAACGGUAGACGCCCAAAAAGCUUUAGAAACUGUACAAAUGUGGUAUGCUGAAAUAAACAUACUACAAGAACAGGUAGCGGAUAUGGCAAAAAAGACUAAAGAAUUAUACGACAAACUUCAGUAUGUUCAACAAGACCAUAGAAAAUACUUCAGUCUGCUUGUAGAAGGCGGCAGAAUGGUACUUGUCGGUAUAUGGCAACGAGAAACGAGAACAUACCAGGACAAAGAAAUAUGGAAUAUGCUCAAACAAACAAGAAAUUUUCUUGAGAAUGAAUUUCAUAGAAAUUUAGAAGAUCUACUGUCUCACGGGGUAAGAAAUGGGAGUAUUCAAGUGGAUAAUUUGGAUAUCUUACAUUUAGGAACUCUAAUAAUACAUUUAUUCCCAAGCGAACUGGACGAGAGUGAAGUUAGUGCUGUAAAAGAACUUAUUUGCUGGAGAAGGCGCUAUACAGAGGUCGCAUUUACAUCGAAUAAGACUUUUAUCAGACAAUGGACUGCUUUGGUCAUGAACCUAACUUCGCUAGCAGCUAAACAAACGACGGAAAUCCAAUCACGUCUAACAGAGAAAGUUAAUCAUAUAAGCGAGAAUGAAGAUCUUGAAGAAACAGGCGAAUGUUUAAAAGAAAUAGUGGAAAACGUAAGGGGAUUGAAAACAUUAUCAGAUGAAUACAAAGAAAAUGUAGAUAAACUGAAAGAGUCAUUGAAGCAAAUGAGAGAAGAGGGAAUACCAUUUGGAGAGGAGAAAACAAUCGUUUUUAAGAUGCACAUCAAGGGUUCAUCGAAAGAAAUGUCAGUAAAAGCAGAAGAAAUUGUCAAUUGUACUAUAUCAAAGGCCCUGGAAUUGACAAAUUAUUCAAACGAAGAUGAAGAAAUCACUGAUGCUGUUGACAAAAUUUUGGACCACAUUCGUAACAUUGAUGGGGCAACACUUUUGUCGAGUGAAAGAAGCUGCAUUCUACUUACUUUUACAUGUACCUCAUAUUGCGGCAUUUUAAGUCUGCUAGACUAUUUUGAAAGCAACACUUUAAAAGAACAGAUGUUUGAUUUGGCUCAGAGUCUGAGUUUUUAUUUGAGUGAUGAGUUUAUUAUACUUGCAACUGUUUCGCCAACAAGCAUCGUAGCACUACAAGAAAUAUCAGAAGUUAAAACACAGGGAUGUUACGUUCCUAUCAAAGUAUCAUGUGCCACAGUGUCCAGUUUAAAUGAGGUCUACAGAUGUUUCGAUGCAAAUGCGGUCAAAAGCACAGCUGAUGUAAAUAAACUAGCCGAUGUCCUUUCGAGAGAGUUAAAUGACACAUACAACAUUCAGUUAAGCGCUGAUAUAGGAACUAACAAACAUUUACUUUUAGAGGAGAAAGACGACGGGUCAAAUUCAUGUAAACCCAAAAAUAGUGAAAAUGCAAUGGAAAUGAAAGAUGAAAUGCCAAAUUUGUACGAGCACAUUCAAGCUGACAAGGUAACAGACGGAGCCACGGGAUGUAGCGCUGAUGAUGAGGUUCCUAGACAAGACAUUGCUACAAUCAUUUCAAAGGGGAAGUAUCCAAUUAACUCUUUGAAGGAGUUAAAUGCAGGUGACGUAGUAUCAAUAUCAUACAUUUUAUUUGAACAUCAGGUUCUCGUAACAGAUGUUCAGGUCGAUGACAAUGAUACCAGAAGAGGCUCUAUCAAAUGUAUUCAUUAUCGUCUUCCAAGUAUUUUUACUUUUACAACACGUAAAAUAGUUAGAGAGCAGAUUGCUGUAGAUCUUAAGCGCGACAGUUUGUAUCGUGUAGACUACAAUGGUGGUAUAUUUUCUACGGAGGAGGCAAUAAGUCGGGCUAAUAAGAGAAUAGGGGAAAAGAAAUGGAGCACUAGCAACAGAUCUGAACAUCUCUGUUAUUGGGCAAAAGUAAAGCCAAUUACAAAUAAGGCAGAUUACUCGUCGUUGAUAAAGCCCAGUUCACGUUCUAUGAGAAUGAAAGAAAUGGAGAUUCAUCUUGCAGACGAGCUACAGGAAGGUGAUGUUAUCUAUUACAAGACUGAUGGAAUUCUUGUUAAUGUUGAAUCAUUAGAUGGCGGAAUUGGACGAAAGUUUCAAAUUGAAAAGGUUGCUUAUGAUGAUUAUGAUUUUAUUGUUCGAGAAAAGCAUUACACUAUUGAUUUAAACAAAGAUUUUAUAAGCGUCAAGAAAUAUAGUUCGCCUUAUUGUGUUUCUAUGACAGAACGAGUUAAACGUGCUUUAAGCUAUGUAGGCACGAUAGGUAAAUGGUGGAGUAGGUACGAAUUCAUCAAAUCUUGCAUAAAGGAAUCUCGUUACGAUUUGUAAAUAAAAUGUGCCUGAUAAUGACUGUAUGAUAAAUGCUGACGACAGACAAAGCAUGUUAAACAUUGAGAGUGACUUUAAACAUUGCAGGUACGAGUUUCAGUAUGACAUGAUAUAUACCGCGGUUCCAAAAGCAUUUACAAAAUUGAGAUUUCCUUAUCAAAUGGACAAUGAACAUGACUAUGCUUUGAAGAAUGUGUAGCUUAUUUUUAAAAUAAAAUAAACAUGAAUAGUAAAAGCUGCUGUAACUGAACAGUAAAAGUUGCAUAAAAUUGUGUAGAAUUUUCAAAUAUUGUGUUGCCUUAAAUAUCACGUGUAUUCAUUGAUGCCAAACUGAUUUCCGUUAUAUUUAUAUCUAUUAAUGCACUCAUUUUUUAUUUAGGUCCAUGUAUGCUUGUUUUACAGACCUAUACUGACUGUUAUUUUUACUAGAAAUGGGCAAAAUGGACAUGAAAAUCUACAUACAAUAUAAGACAAAAUACUAUAAUGAGAAUAUUCUAGCAUGUAUAUUUAUUAGCAGGUUUGUCUAUAAUAUUUAUAGAAAAACACCUUACCAUAGAGUAUGAAAAAAGAUUUUUUUUAAUAAAAAUGAGGUUCAGUCAUUUUCUUAAUUUAGUUAAUAACAUUUAUUUUCGAAUAUUUAACUACCUAUUGAUUUGUAAUAUUGUUCCACAAAAAAGAUCAUAUGAACAUAUACAUAUCAAUGGUGUGAAGAUGAUUCUUUAUAGAAAUUCCUUUGAUAAUUGUUAUUUCAGUCAAUCUCAUGACAACAAUUCAGUUUGCUUCGUCUGUUGAUUUACUGCACUUAUAUAAUAGUGGGGAUUUGUGUGUACAUUUAGUCCUUAUUGAUAGUUGAUACAGAAUUUAUUUUUGUUCGGUCGUGUAGAAGGCUACAAGUUAUACAAGUUUUCAUUUUUCAUACAAAAGUAAAUUAUUUUCUGUAAAUUAUUUAUAAAUAGUAAUGUAAAGUUCAGGUGAAUGUCAAAAUUUAAGUAAAAACUACUUUAGGAAUAUAAUAGUAAAGAGAUGACCAAUACUGAAGAAAUCAGAUUUUGGAUACCGAAUUAAUUCGAUGCUUUAACACCAAUUCUUGUAUACUUAUAAAGUUUUAUUUCAAUUACGAUAUCCAAAAUUGAUGUGAAGGGAUCUGAAAUAUUUAGAAUAUGUGUAUAAAAAUAUGUCAAUAUUAUUUAUGUAAGUACGUUAAUUAAUCAUUACAAUUUUGCGUGAAUGUUCCAUUAUAUAUGUGUGUUUGUUUUGUAAAUCAAAACCAAGUUAUUGUUAUGGGGAUUAAUUUACUCGUAGAAAAAGAUAGUUAAUGAGAACACUUUCUUUCAUGACAACCCAAUAUACCAUUGUAUUUUAUGUAUUGUUGCUAUAAAUAUGUUUCAUGUUUUAUGUUAUUAAUAUACAGAAUUGAUUUGAAAUGUGAAUACUUUUACUUUGUUAUCAAGUUAACUAAAUGUAUACAUUCAUUUUUGAAGGUAUUAUUAAGACUGUUAUUACUAAAAGUUAAUACACGUAUUCUUAUUCAGUUUGAAAUUCAUAUCAGUUUAAUUUUAAGUUUAUCUUAAGAGACAUAGUGUUGUGUGUAAAGUUUAAGGUUUUGAUACCUGGUAAAGAAACCUUUAAGUUUAGUGCUUAUUGUGAUAUGAAAAUAUUAAUUAUGUAACACCUUAUAAAAAAUUUUGGCUGAUAAUUUCUUUAUCAAUCAUACUUGAUCUUUCCCAGAUAUUUGAAGAUUGUAAAUAGUGUAUAUAGUUGUUAUGUUCAUGUCAUACAGUUUUCGUUAUUUUGCAUGUUUUGUGUCCUUCCUUUCGGACAUUAAAGUGUAUUGGAAUAAAAUAAAAUGUUUACUGUCUACUGCCUAUUAAAUGAUCUUGACCUUAUAAUCAAUAAUUCUUCUUUAUUAAUACCUGUCAUGUGUGCCUCAUUAGAUAAACAAGAAGUUUAUUUGACAUUUCAUUGGAAGAUAAAUACAAUGUAUAUGAGUCAGGCCAAAAGGUUUUUAUUUUUAUUUUCACUAGCAUGCAGUACCAAACUACUGAAAAAAUCAUUUAGGAAAAAAAGAGGAAAAAACGCCAUUUUUUACUUCAUUCCUUCAGUUUUAUUUUCUUUCAAGUUAAACUAUUUUAUAUGUUUAAGAAUUGAACUUAAUCAUCCGUGAUUCGGCUGCUAGAUAGUGAACCGUUGAAAAAAUUAUAAGCUUCCAGACGGACAGGUUAUUACUAUAGGAAAUGAAAGUUUCCGAUGUGUUGAAAUAUUAUUCCACCCUUCCUUCACU